AUGAGAUCCAGUGAAACAGGGGACUUGGCUUCAACAGUUAACAUGGCCACAAAAGAGAAAGGAAAACCUGCAGGAGGACCUGUGUCACAAGUGGCCCACAAGAAAGAUGUUUCUUCAGCCAAACCCAAUGCUGGGAAUGAAAAACCUGACACAUCUACUGCUAGCGCUUCACAUAGCUGCAGUUCUUCAAAAGAUACACCAGUCCAGCGCAAUAGCACUACAGCCACCGUGACCACAGGCAGUGGUAGUACACCUCAGAAUGUAGCUGAGAGUGACAGCAAGCAGACAGUUAGCAAGAUCACAACACUACCAGUGACAUCAUCUUCAAAGGAAGUAAUAACGAAAGCAAAAUUGCAACAGGCGAAACCUACUAAUACAGUGAAGGUCUCAGCGCGACCUGAGCCCAGAAUUACAAUCAAAGCACCAACCAGCACUUUGAAGAUGACCACACGUGUCUCAACCAGGUCUGAAACUUCAAAGCUGAAUGCAUCAGUUAGUACUGUCGGUCCUGCAAAAGCCAGUGAAGGUGCUAACAAGAAUUCUCUAAAGGGUGAGAGCAAACCCAACUUAACACAGCCACACAAUGACAAGACAGUUGAGAAGCAGCUGACUUCUCCUGUGACAAAGACGCCUGUAAAGACUAACAGUCCUGAACAGAGUCAGCCAGUUGCAUUGACUGGCCUAGGAGGUGAAACAAGCAGUAACCUAGCAGUCAUACCCCUGCCUUGCAAGCUGGAAGUGUCAGAGAUCAAGAUGCCACCGCCGAUAAAGACAGAAGAUGUGCCUCUACCUCCAGGAAGUCCUAAAGUUUUGGCAACUGACAGUCGAAUGGAGGAUAGUAGUAUAUUGGAGGACUGGACUGAUAUACUGUUGCCAUCUGGACCUCCUUCUGACAAAAGCACCAAGGAAAGUCUGGAGCUUAGCAAAGGCAGUGUCUGCUUCUCUUUCAACAAAACUACAAACAAAGUGGCAACCACAUCAUCAGCAUUUAACCAGGAGGAACAGGAGACAGCAGAACUGCCUCCACCAGUCAGACCUCUGACAACAAUAGAUGACAAUGAUGAAGACAAGACAACUGGCAGUUUCAUAUCUAGAGACACUGGAGCCUCGUCAGCACCUCUGGCAACAGCACCUUCAUCAGCCCCUAACUCACAAGGUUCGGGUAACCCCCGCCUUCUGGAACAUUUUGUAAAAGUGACGCUAGUGAAAGACCCCAAUGAGCAGAUUGAUUGGCCUGUGGAGACCAUCAAAUACACCAAGACAGCCCCAAACAUACACUAUAGUUGUAACCCUCUUCAGUUUAAUUUUAAAGAUAUUUACAAGCUUCCUAGUGCACAAAGUCCAAAGCUAGUGCAGGAUGGGCCUGAGAGUAGCAACACAAAAACUGUGCAGGAAGGCAGUGGUAAAACCAACCUUGGAGAUGUGGACAGUUCAAACAAGGUAAAACGGAAACACUCUCGGAAGAAGCACAAAAGGAAGAAGGGUAGUAAAACAAAACAUGAAGUUGGGACAAAUGAAACCAUUCAGAAGGAGGGUGCACAGGAUCAUCAACACUUAGAAAAAACACACAAGAAAAAGAAGAAAAGGAAGCAUAGGCAUAAAAGUAAAAAAGGAGAUGAUGCUAACGAAGGAGGAGAAAAAGAAAUAGAAAAGAUAGGGGGAGAGAGCAAAUCCAAGAAAAAAUCCAAGAGGAAAAGAAGCCAUAAAGAGAAAGAAGGACAAGGAACUGAAGAUUUAAUAGACAAGGAAGAAAAAAAGGAGGAAGGUUCCAAUACAUCUGUUGUACAGAAUGGAGAGAAAGUAUCCUCACGAAAGCAUAAGAAACAUAAAAGGAAACAUCAUCGACCUGGUUCCUCUAGAUCAGAAAAGGCUAAAGCCCUGAGUGCGUCAGAGAAAGCAAAAGUGGAAAGCAAUCUUGAUGGUGCCACUGCCAAGGAACCCAAAGUAAAAAUUGACUAUAAUGAUGAAGAUGAAAAUCAUGUUCCAUCAGAGAGUGAGUGUGAACCAUCGGGUGAGCCUAAGAUUAAGCGAUUUAGGCGCUCCAAGAAAAGGCGUAGGCGUUCUGCAGCAAAUGAUGAUGCUGCCAAUGAAUCCAAGCCGGUGGAAAUUGUCAAGAAUGACCUCAGUGUAUGUUUGAAGGCUCACAAAAAGACGUCAGAAGAUGAUAAGAAUGUGUCAGAAUACACGACAAACUCUGUUUGUAAAUCUGUCAAUGUUAAAGAUGCAGUCCAGGUAAAGAAAGAAGCGACUGAAGAUGGAAUUCAUGGCAGCAAAACUCUAAAUGGUGAUCUGUGUGUCAGUCGUAAGCGUGAAGCAAGUACAUCCAGCGCCGAAGCCAGUGUGCCAUCUAAAAUUGGCAAGUUUGACAAGUCAGAUGUGCUUGAAGACACUUGGAGUAAAAUGGAGGGUAUUUAUGAGCGCAGGGAGCAGGGGGAGGGCUCCAAAAGUAAAUGGGAUACUAGUGAGAGUGAAUCAGAAGAUGUUUUAAAGAAGACACUUACUCCGAAUGGCCCUCGCCCACGCACCGAUGAAGGCAAGACAAAAGUCGAUUCGAAACCUGUCAAUGGGAAAAUACCAUUGACUAAAAUAACGCUCGGUCAGAAUAACCCUUUGAGUAACCAUGUCCCGAAACAACCAGAUCAGCAUAACAGUGGUUCAGAUCGUAAAUCCAAAGCUGAAGUACAUGUUGGUGAUAAGGAGGAGACUGUCUCGUCAAAAUCAAAAAAUGUAUCAAGAAGCCAUACCCACACUAGUCGAAGGUCCUAUAGUUCUUCAGAUUGGUCAUCCAGAUCUAGAUCCAGAUCUCGAUCUCAUUCUCAUUCCUACAGAAGCUAUUCAGACGAUUCUAGAUACAGUGAUGAUUCUUGUUCGCACAGUCGUUCUUCAAGAAGUUACAGUCGCAGCCGUUCGCGACAUCGCCACCAUCGGCACAGAUCCUCGUCCAGGCACCACCGCAGCUACAGCAGCAGGUCCAGCUCAAGCUGGUCCUCUGGCAGAUCCUACUCACACUCAAGAAGUUACUCCAGAUCUCUUUCCCGUUCUCAUUCAAGGCGGGGCAAAUCUCCCAGUUCCCACGCAAGGCAGAACAUCAAAAGGUUGCUGCAGUCUCCAGUUUUGCCUGCUUCGGUUACUACAAUUACAGUAGCUCCAGUGACUGGCAGCACUGGUGGUGGCAAAGGUGCCGGUGCUGGUACAGGUAGUGGACCACCUGAUAUUCCACUGCCUGGUAAGGAGACUCCAGCCUCUGCUACACCUCAGUCAGAAAAAGACAAGAAAGACAGUUCUGGCCUUACAGACAUCCCCCUGCCUAAUAUGGAUGACAAGACCAAAAGUGACAGUACAGAAACUUCUGCUGCAAGUGUUUCUGAAACACAAACAGCACCUUCCGCAGCGUCAGUGACUGUUGUGACCAGUGUGAGCACUUCUGCAGCAAGCGUUUCCAAUUCAGAGGCUGGGAAUCCAGGUCAUCAUCAUCAUCCUGAGCCUCUGAUGGCUAAUGUGGAGCAUGACAAUGAAUACUGUGGGCAGCUGCACCCAGGAGACCAUGUGGGUUAUGAUCAGCAUGGUUACAACCAUAUGGGCUACCAGUCAGCACACGACCCAUCUUUCUGUGAAGAUACAGGCUACGAAAGCUUUGAGUUUGAUGGAGGGCAAUAUGAUCCUUGCUAUGAUGAGGGGCAGGAAGAGUAUGACUAUCAUGAUCCCUAUCACCACCCACCACUUCGACCUAUGGGUCCAAACAUGCAUCAUCCAAGAGGACAUCCACAUCCAGGCUAUCGAGGACCUCCACCUCGGAUGUUUCCACCGCAUGAGCCACGCUAUGGUCCUCCUAGACCUGGUAUGGGUCCACCUCUCCGAAUGGGACACCAUGGACCUAUGGGUCCGCGGGGACCUAGAAUGCCAAUGGGACCAGGAGGACACAUGGGACCCCCAGGCAUGAGGGGACCCCCUAGAGGCCCACGUGGUCCUGGACCCAGAGGGCCACCAGGACCCAGAGGGCCACCAGGACCAAGAGGGCCACCCAGGCCCGCAAUGAUGGGACCUCCGGGGCCAAUGGGACCUGGAGGUCCACGCCCAAGAAUGGGACCUCCUUUACGCAUGGGACCUCCUGGUCCGGCAGGCCAAGGUUCCCACUCAACUGGUGGAGCUCGGCCCAGAAUGGGCCACCCACAACCUGGUCCAUCUCCUAGGGAUGGUCAGUACCCUCCACCAAGAGGGGGUAUGCCACCACCCCAGCGUGGCCCUGGCAACUCUAAUUUCCGAGCUCCUAUGCCAAACCUCAGUCAGCCACCUCCCAACUUCAAUGUGCCGCCUCCAGCAGCAUCAUCCUCUGCCACCACCACCUCCACUGAAAGUGGUACAAAACCUACUGAUGCUAUGGAACCUCCUCCACUGCCACCACCCAAACCUCCAACCCCUCAGCCACCUCCACCACCAAAGAAAGAAGAAGAAAAGAAGGAAGAGAUUAAGCCUAUGGCACCUCUGAUUCCACCAGAGCAAGCCGAACAGUAUAGAAAACUGCGGGAGCAAGCACAGAAGCAUGCAAAGAAACAGUUAAGAAAACAGGAACAUCAAGCAAAAGGGGAACCUGAAAGUAGUGAUGAAGAUGAUGAAGAACUAGCUAAAAAGAAAGCAGACGAGGCCAAGUUGGCUGCAGAGCAGAAAGAAAUGGAAGAAGCAGCAUUACUGGCAGCUCAGGGAACUGAAGAAGUAACUGUUGAUGAUGGAACAACAAUCCUGAUACCUGCCACCCACUCUCCUUUAGUGCAGCAGCCGACAGUGGUGAUUCAGCAACAUCCAGUGGCUGCAUCCCCGUCACCUUAUGGUCUAGUGUCAGCAUCUCAUUUAGUUCAGGCAGCACAUCCAGCCCUCCAUGGCAGUCACCUACAGCACCAGCAUGUUGUUGCUGCUGCAGCCCAGCCACAACUUGUACAGCUACCAAAUGGACAGUUAGCAUAUGCCACACCUUCGACACUGCCCUACCAAGCUGGAGCUCCAAUGAUAGCAAUGCCUCACCAGGCCAUGGCUGCCACAUCAAUGCCGCACCAUUUGGUAUUUUCAUCAGGAGGGCUACAUCAGGUCCCAAUGGCAGCCCACCCUGGCUUUGCUAUAUCCGGGGCUCAGUAUGUCACUCACAUGAUGGCAGCCCAGGCACAAGCCCAAGCUCAGGCACAAGCUCAAGCUCAGGCACAAGCUCAGGCCCAGGCACAGGUACAAGCAGCACAGAUCCAGGCAGCCCAUGCGCAGGCUGCCCAAGUACAGGCAGCCCAAGCCCAAGCAGCCCAGCUGCAUGGACUCAUACCAGGUGUUCAUUUAGCACAGCAGUUUAUGCCUGCUGUCCAUCCUCAAGGUCAAAUCAUAUUUUUGCCUAGAUUCGCAAGGCCUCAUAUAUAA